UAAACUUUGUGCUAAGCCUCCGCAGUAUGUGAACAGAUGAUAGGAACAAGAAUGAACGCUUGAGAGGUAUUCGACUUUCAAGGUAAGCUAGGGUUCCUCUGUGAAGUUUCGGAUGAAGGAUCCGCACCGGACGUUGUAGAUGUGACAACGCAAAGAGGCAGGGAGUCUAGUUAUCGUUCAAUAACAUCGCAAGACCAAAAAGGACCGCGAGUUUACACGAGCGAGUGUAUACAAAACCUUGGCGACGAAGAUUGACACAUAGAACAUAGGCCAGCGACAGCGUUCCAACAGAAAGACAGUUGUUUGAUUGAGUUGUGGGCGCAAGAAUAAGGGUGGAAGUCUUUGCGAACGAAAGAAGGUGAACCGGUUAGAGAUCCCGACUUCGAUCUCCCUAUUCAGUUUGGGCAGACAUGCAUGCCACACUGCGUCCGGCAUGCAGUCUUUCACUCGCUAGCUUUCAUCCCUCUUACGGCACAUCUCUCCUCGUAUUUCGGCUCUCAUCAAUCCGCAACCCGCCUAUCCCUUUUAAGCUCGUCCAUCCUGCUUUUUCGUGAUCUUAACCGGGUGUGGGAUCUUGCCUCACAAUCUAUUUAAAUAGUGUCGCCAGCUCAUCUUAAAGCUGUCUUUCUUCAUCCCUCUUCCAAUUUCAGUUCUAAGCUUUUAUUCUCUCUUAUCGUUGAGAUUUUCUGCUAUUUCCUAGUGGCAUAUGGAUGCCGCCACAUUCUCCCAGUACGGGAGCUAUCAAUUUGACACAUCUAGACGCGGUAACGACUCCGAGGCAUCAAGAGAACCUUUCGCCUAUUUGCACGCUCAUGCACAACAGCUACCAAUCUCGACGGAGUCGAGUCUGACAUUUGCUUUGGGCAUGAAUGUAGCUCACGUGCGUCAGACUACGACUUAUGAAGCACCAGCGCCGCAAUAUUCUUACAACGCCACCAAGACUUUCGCCAUGACCGACGAUCAAUGUAUGUGUCCGGAUGGAGAUGAAAUGUCUUGCGUGGAAUAUGGGGAGUCAGAAUUCGGCGGGUAUGACUCCCCAUAUAGCAGCGCACUCUCUCCUUCAUCCUCCGUCGACUAUACUGCCAAUGCGUCGUACUGGGGUACGCCACCACCCGCUGAUUAUUUCGAUGGCGAGCUUGAACACGCAGGCCCGUCGAGUGCCUUCGACCGUCCGCUGUACCCCCCCACUCGCUCUUACACCCUCGAGUCCGCCAUUACGCCCAUCACGCCCACAACCCCUGUAACCCCUUCUUCAACUGUCUCUUCCUCCGUUCGAAUCGGCACGGUCUCCACUCCCCGUGAAGAUCGACAUCAGCACACGACUUCCUCUUCGGCGCCCGAAACAAGCGCGAGGAAUUCUCGCCCCAACCUCGCACCUGUCAAAACCGACUUCACGCAUCAUUCCCAUUCACAUCUCAACUCGACAUACUACCCUGCCUCCACUACCUCUGCGGCAGCUACUGUUCCUGACAAUACCCCUCUCAGUCUAGCUGCUAUCGCCUCUCAGCUCAAUGGCUCUGGAAUGGACGAGAUUCCUGUCUCGGAAUCUGAAGCGAAGCUUGGACAGGCUAUGUUCAAGCUUCACGGUGCAGUGCCACCACCAAAAGACCAGCCUGCGAAGAAAAAACCCAUAAUGGCGUGUCUCUUCUGUCGCGAGCGCAAGAUAUGUUGUGGUCCACCACCACCCGACUCGCUUAACCAAACGUGCAAACAAUGCUCUCGUCGAGGACUUGAUUGCGUCUUCCCCACCGAGUCGCGCCGUGGCCAACACAAACGUUCCCCGCGCGCCGCUCGUGUUGCAGCUCUCGCCGAUGCUCACUUGCACAAACUUGCCCACGCUCAAUCUCAAGUUCUUCAAGGUCACCCUCAACCACCUCCCCCGGAUGCUACCUUAGCGAAGAAACGUCCCGCUAAACCUCGUGUCUUAAAGUCGAAGGCUGACGAGAAGGCUAGUAUGGCGCUCGUAAAUGAAAAAUCGGUUCGACGUCGACGUUCACCUGUUUCUGAGGUCGCUUAGUGGUACGCUUUACGCUCUCGUCUUUGUCAUAUGAUACCUUCCUCUUGAUAUAAACAUCUUCCUUGUUCCGUUUCCCAUACUGCGUGUAUGCACUAUGAUUGCGAUUUGAAAUAUCUCCCAUUGGUAUCGAUUCCCCUCUGAUGUUCAACCAUCAGAGGCGUCUGGUCUUAUUAUGUGCUAUUUCAGUCCCAUGCUAUUUUUCACCAUCUCUCGUCUCGGUUUUGCUCGUAUGCUUCCUCUCCUCUGGUUUGUUUAUGUGUUCUCUAACUCUGUCUUCCCUGUAUAACUCCUGUGUACACAAACCCCCUUGUACAAUAGCCUGAAUCCUCGUGUACCCAAUAUGUACAGUAGGUUCCUAUAAUCGGAUGGGAACAACGAUCAUUCC